AUGAGAGCUUCUUUUUCUCGAUUUCAUACGAAUAGAAAUUGGUGGCUUUUAACCCUUUCCUUUGCACUCAUCUUUUCUUUUUACUUUCUAUUCAUUUACGAUGAAAGUUAUGAUGAUUGGAGUGUGACGGUGAAACAAGAUCUCAAAAAGUGUCAAUGCUUCGCUGAGACGCUUUGCCUUCAAAAAGACGAUCUUGUCGGCCAAGCAUUCGACUGUUCACUUCGGAAAUUUUUGCACCGAUUUCAACUCAAUGAUUAUGCAAUAAAGAAAACGGAAGCAUCGAAUUUCUCCUUUGACGAUGUGAUUUUCGUAACCUACAGUUCGUCGAAUCAUUUCGCUGAGAGUCGUCAAAUGAUCACCGAUUUGCGGAACAAAUUCACGAAUCGAAUUAUUUACUACGAUUUGGGUUUAAUCCCUACGGAGAAAAAAGAGCUCACCCGGGUUUGCAAUUUGGAGAUUCGGGAUUUCGAUUUCGAUGCCUAUCCAAAGCAUGUGAAAAAUCUACAUACUUAUGCUUUCAAACCGAUCAUACAAGCGGAAAUGAUAACUGAAAAUGUGGCUUUCUGGAUAGCAGAUAGCUCGGUGCAAUUCCGAGAUCGAUUAAUGCUGCAACAUUUCUAUGAUGAUGUGUUGAGUGGGAAAGCACCAGACUAUAUGAUUGGGGGAAAUGUUGGAAAAGAAAUUCCCUACACACAUCCAGAGAGUAAACGAUUGUUGAAAUGGUUGCUCCUUUGUGCGAUAACCGAGAAAUGUAUUGCGCCAAAAAGUGCAUAUUAUGCUUGUUCGAUUCCACCAAAAUGGGGAUGUCAUCGCUUCGAUCAAAGUGCGACAAGUAUCCUUUUCCGAAUGUUUCACCCGCCAAACUCUACAAAAGGCUUUUACUAUCAAAAUGUGAGCACUGUGAAAAGAGGAGUCGAGAGAUUUGAUGUUUUGGAAGAGAUUACUUGU